AUGAAUAUCAUGGAACAAAAUAUUAAAUCAGUAUUGUUUAUUAAAAUUUUUGUGUUUCUUAUUUCAUCUUGGAUAUUCCAUCUUGGCAAUAACAUCAUUAUUUUUAACAAAUUUCUGGAUAAAAAAUACAAAUUUUAUAGAAAAACAGAUAUAGGAAAUUAUCGAUUACUAGCUAAAUAUAAAAAGAAUAGGGAUUCAAUUAUUACAGGGAUAAAGGAUGAGUUAUCAAGUAAUGAAUUUCAUAAAAGAAAAAAUAUAUCUUAUAAUGAAAACGAAAGGACACAAAAAAAGGAAUUAUCUAGUAGAUGUUCAUCAAGGAAUGCGAGGGGCAAUAAAAAAGCUAUGAAAAAUAAAACUUGUAUAUUUGAAACAAAAAAAUAUUCCUAUUUAGAGAAAAAAAUAUUCAAAGAACUUGAUUACGAAGAUUUUCUUAAAAACAAUAGGAUAAUUACUGACAAGAUUUACAAAAAGAUAAUACGUAGAAAAUACGGUUUAAAACUUUCUUUACCUAUAAUACUGAUAUUGUUAUUGUCAGUUGCAUUAAUAUCUGAUUAUUUUUGCGGUUAUAUAAUUAUAGCUAAGUUCAUUAAUACGUUGACAUCAUAUUUUGGUAAGAAUUGUUUUAAUAUAUUACGUGAUUGGUUGUUAAGUUCCCCUUUAAAAUUUAUGGGUGUAACAGUAAAACAAUCUCCCAAGGAAGUGGUGGGAAUGUUACUAUUAUUCUUAAACCUUUUUUUAGUAAUCUAA